GAAAUUUAUUGCCAAUCAGUGUUGCUUCCUAAGUGGACAGUUUGAUUUCACAGAAGUGUGAUUGACUUGGAGUUACAUUGUGUUGUUUAAGUGUUCCCUUUAUUUUUUUGAGCAGUGUAUGUUUUGUUCGAUAAAGUUAAAAUUUAUAUCCAAAAAUCUUAGUUUACAUUGGCACGUUAUGUUCAGUAAUGUUUUGCCUCCAAAACAUCCAGUGAUUUUGCAGAGAGCCACAUCAAUUUACAGAAAUACUCAUAAUAAACAUUGAUAAAAGAUACAAGUGUUUUACAUGGAACUUUAGAUAAACUUCUCCUUAAUGCAACCGCUGUGUCAGAUUUCAUAACUUUACAGAAAAAGCACACCAUGCAAUAAUCUGAGUACAGAGCUCAGAGACCAAAACAAGCCAUACAGAUACCCGCCAUGUUGUGGACUCAACAGAAGUCAGAAGUAGUAUUAUAAAUAUUCACUUACCUUUGAUGAUCUUCAUCAGAAUGCACUCCCAGGAAUCCCAGUUCCACAAUAAAUGUUUGUUUUGUUCGAUAACGUCCAUAAUUUAUGUCCAAAUACCUCCUUUUUGUUUGCGCAUUUAGUUCCAAAAUCCAAAUUGAUGACGUGCAGGCCAGACGAAAUGUCAAAAAAUUCCAUUACGGUUUGUAGAAACAUGUCAAACGAUGCAUAGAAUCAAGCUUUAGGAUGUUUUUAACAUAAAUCUUCAAUAAUGUUUCAACCGGAGAAUAACGCAGCUAACUCUCAUGGGGGCGUGCCUGAGUGAGCUCGUGGCACUCUGCCAGAGCCCUGACUCAAACAGCUCCCAUUCCCUCAUCCUUCACAGUAGAAGAAGGUUCUAAAGACUGUUGAGGUUCACAAGGUUCUAAAGACUGUUGAAAUCUAGUGGAAGCUUUAGGAAGUGCAAUAUGACCCCAUAGACACUGUAUAUUGGAUAGGCAAACCUACAAACCUCAGAUUUCCCACUUCCUGGUUGGAUUUCUUCUCAGGUUUUUGCCUGCCAUAUGAGUUCUGUUAUACUCAGACAUCAUUCAAACAGUUGUAGACACUUCAGAGUGUUUUCUAUCCAAAUCUACUAAUAAUAUGCAUAUCUUAGCUUCUGGGACUGAGUAGCAGGCAGUUUACUCUGGGCACCUUGUUCAUCCAAGCUACUCAAUACUGCCCCCAGCCAUAAGAAGUUAAUGUGAGUCUGGAAGGAGAGUUUACAGUCUAACCAGACACCUAGGUAUUUGUAGUUGUCCACAUAUUCUAAGUCAGAACUGUCCAGAGUAGUGAUGCUAGAUGUACGGGCAUGUGUGGGCAGAGGUCGGUUGAAGAGCAUGCAUUUAGUUUUACUUGCAUUUAAGAGCAGUUGGAGGCCACGGAAGGAGAGUUGUAUGGCAUUGAAGCUCAUCUGGAGGUUAGUUAACACGGUGUCCAAAGAAGGGUCAGAAGUAUACAGAAUGGUGUCGUCUGCGUAGAGAUGGAUCAGAGAAUCACCAGCAGCAAGAGUGACAUUGAUGUAUACAGAGGAAAGAGUCGGCACGAGAAUUGAACCCUGUGGCAGCCCCAUAGACUGCCAGAGGUCCAGACAACAGGCUCUGAUUUGACACACUGAACUCUGUCUGAGAAGUAGUUGGUGAACCAGGCGAGGCAGUCAUUUGAGAAACCAAGUCUGUUGAGUCUGCCGAUAAGAAUGCGGUGAUUGACAGAGUCCAAAGCCUUGGCCAGGUUGAAUACGACUGCACAGUAUUGUCUUUUAUCGAUGGCGGUUAUGUUAUCGUUUAGGACCUUGAGCGUGGCUGAGGUGCACCAAUUACCAGCACUGAAACCAGAUUGCAUAGCGGAGAAGGUACGGUGGAAUUCGAAAUGGUCGCUAAUCUGUUUGUUAACUUGGCUUUCGAAGACCUUAGAAAGGCAGGCAAGGAUAGAUAUAGGUCUGUAGCAGUUUGGGUCUAGAGUGUCUCCCCCUUUGAAGAGGGGGAUGACCACGGCAGCUUUCCAAUCUUUGGGGAUCUCAGACAAAACAAAAGAGAGGUUGAACAGUCUAGUAAUAGGGGUUGCAACAAUUGCGGCGGAUCAUUUUAGAAAGAGAGGGUCCAGAUUGUCUAGCCCAGCUGAUUUGAAGGGGUCCAGAUUUUGCAGCUCUUUCAUACCAUCCGCUAUCUGGAUUUGGGUGAAGGAGAAAUGGUGGAGGCUUGGGCAAGUUGGUGUGGGGGGUGCAGAGCUGUUGACCGGGGUAGGGGUAGCCAGGUGGAAAGCAUGGCCAGCCGUAGAAGAAUGCUUAUUGAAAUUCUCAAUUAUAGUGGAUUUAUCGGUGGUGACAGUGUUUCCUAGCCUCAGUGCAGUGGGCAGCUGGGAGGAGGUGCUCUUAUUCUCCAAGUAUGUCAGGGUUGGUGUAGGAAAUUGUAUACACCAGUAUACCACAACCAGGUUUAUAUCUAUCUUUUAACGGUGCAGUGCAAUUCUAAGGGGAUUGGGUCUUGAUAGAAAGCUGACAGCUGACCAGAUUGCCAAAAAGUUGGAAAAUCUGAAGACCAGAUACCAGGUGAAGUGGGCUUGUGUUCUUAGAAGACUGAGAUUUGGGACUUCUAAAAAAGUGUUUACUGAUAUUGUCAAUAUUUACUGAUCAUGAAGUCAAAACAAAAAAGCCUCAUCCCAGCCAUAGUCCCACUUUUGUAUUUGUCUUUUAGGACUUAAAAUACAUUUUUCUUGGCAAGGACACUGUUGCUACCAGCAUAGCCUCCUGGCCCUGGUUCCAAUUUAUGGGCGAGGCCAUGGAAGGACGCCUCUUCAACAGCGCCCAAGUUUUGGCAGUGGCAUCUUUGGCUGGUGAGGCUCCAGGUUCUUCCUCACCAUUAACCAACGAGAGAGGACAGGGGGUUGACGGUGCUGACAUUUUGGAGUUCUUGAUCAAAACUGAGAUGGAGGACAGUGUGGGGACAGAGAACUUGGAGGACAAUGCAACAGUUAACACUGAUGCAACUCAGACUGAGGGCCCUACUACUAUGGGCUGGCGAAGAAUUUCAGAAUGCUCGUAUAAAAUGACAGAGCAGGAGACGGAGAGAAUGAUAAAGCUGCGUGCCGUGAAUGAGGCUCUCUUCACAGGCAGAAAACAUACUGCCAAGCCUGCCUGGAGAGCUAUUUUGAAUGAAUUGGGCCUUCAGGGAAAGCUGACUACUGACCAGCUUGCCAAAAAGUGGGAUAACCUCAAGAGGCGAUAUAAGGAGUUGAAAUGUCCAGCCCGCAGCAUGGAGAGCAACCCAAAUUCCUGGCCCUGGUUCUACCGCAUGAAUGAUGCCAUGGAGGGACGAUUCGCUGGCUGUGCCCCCAUCCUGACGCCAGUAGUAGAGGAGGGUGAUGAGGAGUUUGAGCCCUCUCCACCACCAGGGAAGAGGGCUCGUCGGACGCCAGGGAGGGGGGGGAUGUCUGAGUUCUUGACAGAGUCUGAGAUGGAUGAGCUGGUGGAAACGGAGGAGAGGAAUGGAGCAGCCGUCUUCCAAGGGGCCACCAUAGGGGAGUAUCACACAGCCACAGAAUUCUCAUAUAAGCUGACUGAGGAGGACACCAAGAGAUUGAUAGAGCUGCGUGCUUCCAAUGAGGCUCUUUUCACAGGGAAGAGAAAUACUGCCAAGCCUGCCUGGAGGGCUAUAGUAAAAGAGAUGGGCCUCGCAGGAAAGUUGUCUGCUGACCAGGUUGCCAAAAAGUGGGACAACCUGAAGACAAAAUUCAAGGACUUGAAGUAUCCGCCGCGUGGCAUGGAGAACCAGAGCACCCCUGCCUCCUGGCCUUGGUUCCAACUCAUGAAUGAUGCCUUCGAGGGCCGACUGGCCGCGAGAGCCCCCAAAAUAACUCCCAUAUGGAUGAGCGAGGAAGACUACUUGUUUGUAUCCUCGCCAAUGCCUACAGAGAGAGACCCGUGUCCCAUGCCAGAAAGGAGUGAGAUUUCUGAGCUGGAAGAGGGAAUGAGACCAGAGGGGACAGAGGUGGAUGGAACGGUUACGUUCUUAGACGCCAGUGGAGAGGAGUGCCCCACACCUGUGGAAUUCUCCUAUAAAAUGACAGAGCAGGAUACGAGGAGGCUGAUUAAGUUGCGUGCGGCCAAUGAAGUUCUCUUCACUGGGAGGCGAAAUGCUGCCAAGGCUGCAUGGAAGGCCAUUUUAAAAGAGUUGGGUCUCCUGGGAAAGGUGUCAACUUACCAGGUGGCCAAGAAGUGGGAUAACUUAAAAAGAAGAUAUAAGGACUUGAAGUACCCUCCUGUGGGCAUGGAGAGCAUAGCAGACAACGCUGCUUCCUGGCCAUGGUUCUACCUCAUGAAUGAGGCCAUGGAGGGCCGCCUUGCUGCCAGCGGACCUGUCUUGACCCCUAUAACGGAGGGUGAUGACCCCGAGCCUUCCCCUUCACAGUCCUCUCGAAAUAGAGGAUGCCCGUUGCUGGAAAAGGGUGACAUCACACUGGAGUACGAACAAGAGAUUUAUGUGGACCCCACCAUAGAGGAGUGCCACCGGGCCACAGCGGAAUGCGAGAGUGCACUGAUAGAGGAGAGGUUGGGUAGGGGGCCAGCAGGGGGCACUGCUGCUCAGAAGUCUGUGACACUGGAGAGAGAGUGGGAGAUGGUGGAGAGGGAGAGGGCAGCGAUAGAGAGGGAUAGAGCGGCGGUAGACAGAGAGCGGCAGUGGCUGGAGAGCGAGAGAGCCAACUUGGCAAGAGACAGGAUGCUGUUGGAACAGGACAUGGCGGCAUUGGGUAGAGAGAGAGAGGCCUUUGAGAGCCAAAGGGCAGCAGUGGUGAUGAACAGUGCUACAGGGGUGCACACUGGACACGUCAACCACUGUGGGAUGGGGAUGUAGACUUAUGGUAUUAACUGCCUUGGAAGCCAAGGACUGAUCAAGAGCCUUCAAGUUAUUUAGAGAAGACUUUUCAGCAUGUUUUCACCUUAUUGGCUCGAGAUUAAUCAAAUCAAAUUUAUUUAUAUAGCCCUUCUUACGUCAGCUGAUAUCUCAAAGUGCUGUACCUAGCCUAAAACCCCAAACAGCAAGCAAUGCAGGUGUAGAAGCACGGUGGCUAGGAAAAACUCCCUAGAAAGGCCAAAACCUAGGAAGAAACCUAGAGAGGAACCAGGCUAUGAGGGGUGGCCAGUCCUCUUCUGGCUGUGCCGGGUGGAGAUUAUAACAGAACAUGGCCAAGAUGUUCAUAAAUGACCAGCAUGGUCAAAUAAUAAUAAUCACAGUAGUUGUCGAGGGUGCAGCAAGUCAGCACCUCAGGAGUAAAUGUCAGUUGGCUUUUCAUAGCCGAUCAUUAAGAGUAUCUCUACUGCUACUGCUGUCUCUAGAGAGUUGAAAACAGCAGGUCUGGGACAGGUAGCACGUCCGGUGAACAGGUCAGGGUUCCAUAGUCGCAGGCAGGACAGUUGAGACUGGAGCAGCAGCACGGCCAGGUGGACUGGGGACAGCAAGGAGUCAUCAUGCCAGGUAGUCCUGAGGCAUGGUCCUAGGGCUCAGGUCCUCCGAGAGAGAGAGAAAGAGAGAGAAUUAGAGAGAGCAUACUUAAAUUCACACGGGACACCGGAUAACAGGAGAAGUACUCCAGAUAAAACACUGACCCUAGCCCCCCGACACAUAAACUACUGCAGCAUAAAUACUGGAGGCUGAGACAGGAGGGGUCAGGAGACACUGUGUCCCCAUCCGAUGAUACCCCCGGACAGGGCCAAAUAGGCAGGAUAUAACCCCACCCACUUUGCCAAAGCACAGCCCCCACACCACUAAUAAAUGUUUUACACUCACAAGAGAACGUGCUUUCUUUGAUUUGUGAUUGAUACAUUCCAAACAUCUAAACGUAAUGGUUUAUUAAACUAACCAGUGACAGAGACUUUAAUCUAUAACAUUGUGGACUUGUUUUAAAUGUCAUUUGAAAAUUUCUCUUUCUUUUGACAGAACAGGCUAAUGAUGUCAUGUAACCCUUACAGUGUUUGCGGUGUGACUCAUCUCAAUGACCUCAUCCUGUCUUUUCAGUAUCGGUUGCAAUUAUAUUGUAAUAUAAGACAAAAUUAGCACCAUAAGUGAGAGAACUGAAUUUGUUAUAGAAGUGUUAACUUUUUAUGUACUGACUACUUUUCUCUAAUGUGAAAGCUGUUUCCAUUUUCAAACAAUGAAUAUGCUAUAAAUUACUUCCCAAAAAGUAUGGAAGUGAAAUAUUGUUUGAGAAAUCAAAUCACAGCAUGACCAAAGCUCAAGUGAGAAAUGUGACGGAAUAUAUUUUUUGAGGAAAUAGUACCCGCUCAACAAUUGUGUAUAGCCUACAAUAAAAAGGACCAUACUCUGCUCAUGA